AACUGAGUUGAUUUGUUGUAGAGAGAAAUCACUCCGUGGAUUUUUUGUUGAUUUGUUGUUAACAGAGAAUCGUGAGAGAUGAGAAACUGUAAAGGAAGAAAGAAACAGAUGAGAUCUAUAGCGUGUGUGUGUGUGUGUGUGAUAGAUGGUGAGAGAUGAGGCUAGUGAAACCCAGAAUCUGAGACUUGUGAAAGAAAGAGAUCGAUAGAGUAUAGAGGAAGAGAAAUGAAAAGAUAGAUUAAUUCUUAUCCGUUGGAUUACAAGUAAUCAAUGGUUUAAAAUAUUAAUCCAAAUUUUGAGGAACUGACCAAUAAGAAGAAAGGUGGAAGAUCACAAAGGAGUGAUUUUGAGCCUUUGGAUCAAAAUCAAUCAAAGGCCAAAAAACAACUAAUAAAGAUUAUACUUUUUAUUUAUCUAUAAUUAUUUAAAAAUGUCAAAAUUUAAAUAAAUUUAUAUAGAAUUUUAACUAAAAGUUUUCCAUUUGAAUUUUGUGGUUAUGUGAUUUAAAAACUAAUUUGAUAAAAAGAUUUUAAAUGCUAGUAUUUCUUCUUUUUUGUUGUUUAUUUGUUUAGUGGUUUUUUAUUUUCGAAAUGUAUAAUGUAAAAUUUUAUAUGUUGUAUAUAAUUUGAGAAAUAUAUUAUAUAUACAUAUAUAUUAUAAAAUUAUAUUUUAUUUAAAGUUUGAGGUUUAGUGUUCUAUCACAUAGGUUGAAGUAUGUGGUUUAGGGUUUAUGGUUAAAGUUUGAAAAUAGAUAUAUUGCUUAAGAUUAAUUUUUUUUAAAAAAAGUUAAUUUUAAGAUUUGGAGUUUAAGUUUUCAAGUAUUAUAAAGCUUAUUGUAUUAGAAUUUAAAGUUUGUGUAUAGAGUUUAGGGUUUGAAAACUUGUUUAGGGUUUAGGGAUUCAAAAUAUCAAACAUAGCGUUUUAGUUAUGAGUGUUACGGGAAUCAAUACAUAGCGUUUCUUACCUAAAGUGCUAUGUAAACUAUGUAUCAUAAAAUUUAAAAUCCAACCCAACUAAAGAUAGCGUUUUUAUUUUUAGAAACGCUAUCUAAAACUAAAAGAUGUAUCAACCAUAGCAGAAACGAAAAAAACGCUAUCCUACUCCGUUAUAAAAACUCAUUUUUCUUGUAGUGCUUAUUCAUAAGUCCCAAUGAAGACAGUCCCUUAAUCUACGGUUAGGUGGUGGCUGCUCACCGCCCUCGCUUGUCUCACCUCUUCUUUUUUCUUUUUAUAUCUUCUAUCACAUCCACCUUUCUCUUUUAACAAAAAUACAUCCUCUCACAUCUUUAUUCUAAUUUUUAAAUAAACGUUAUUUUUAGAAUAGUUAGCCAAGAUUUGCAAACCAAUGCUUCUAAUUCUAAUUUAGGACAAUCUCAAAAUUCAGUAAAGUCCAAGAAGAAAGGACCAAUUAACUUUAGUUUGGUUACUAUUUAAGUUUGGAUGAUUCAUUACUUUGUCAAGGGUUAGAGCACCCCCAUUAGUGAACCCUAUAAAAGGGGUUUACAAAGUAUUUUUUUAUUAUAUUUUUUUGUUUGAUUUUUGUUUAAGAAAAAAAAAAUUAAUUAAUCGGAACAAUCGCGGACCCCCACGGCACUACAGUGAUGAACGAGGUUCACUAGGAAGAGGUGGAGAGAGACAAGUUCAUCACUAUUCAUUAUUUUAAUUUUUUUUUUUUUUGGAAUCUGUGUGAACCCUCCCCAUAAAUUCACUAAUGGGGUUGCUCUUAUAUCUUUACAUUUCCUACCGCGUCAGAGUCUACCCAAUAAUUUAACAAGGAUUUUCUUUCACAGAUUUAUCCCUUUAAUAUCAGAAUUUAAAAUUUUAUACAGAAUGAGUCAAUGAGAAGUCAUACGUGACACUAUACUAAAAUUAUUCAGAAAUUAUAAUAAAACGUGAAAGUGAAUUGUUAAAUAGAAGUAUACGUGAAAGUAGUCGAAGUGUUUUUUUUUUUCAAAAAAAAUAUAGUCGAAAUGUAACCAAAUAAACAAUAUAAACCACAUAGACCCCAUGUUCUAAAAUGCGCCCGCACCGGACGAUUAAUCGACGGAAAACCGCUGAGCAGUGGGUCAGCGUAGCGAUUACGUCCUACUCGGUCACUAAAUCGGAGUUUUUUUUUUUUUUUGCAACUUUUUUUCUAUUGAAAACAUGAGAAAAAAACAAAACAGACUAGCCAAACCUUAGUGUUUUAGGUUUUAGCCCAGUAGAAAAGAUACACAUCAAGUUACAAAACAUAGCAAAAGUGAAGAUGUCGAUAUCAUUGAGGUAGGUAGAAGUAGAGGUUGCAUGGAUUUCACCAAUAAUAACUAAGUUGGAGAUCGGAUCCAGAACUGGAACAUGGAGGAGGCAGCGACCGGGUUUACUUCCCGAAGACUAUUGAUUCUAUUCUUUACCGUUCUAUUCACAGCAGCCGCUAUUGAGUCGACAGAGCGGUAACAUUGGCGAUGCAGUCUUGAGUUCCUCUCAGCCCAAAGGGAGUAAAUAGCAAGUUUACGUUUUUGAGGGUUUACAGCUUGAAAUCGUGUCUAACAUGUUAAAUCCACAUGUUUAAACUUUAAAGUAAAAACAGCAAGAAAAUCACAAAGGAAACAUAUGAAAGAAAAUCACAAAGGAUGGCGGCCGUGGGAAAUUUUCUGGAUAACUCUCAAAAUCUAGAGGAAGAUGAUGAAAAUAUUACUGUUAUGCCAUUGAUGAAUAAAAAGUAAAACAAAAACAAAAAAAAAGGUUCUUGGUUAGGAACUCGGGAACUAGAAAACUAUUUACCAAGCCAAUAACCACCAGACCACAGAAACAAUCAAUGUUUGUUGCAUAAUUCACAUAAUUAUAUAUACAAUUUUCAAAAAUAGUGAAAUAAACCCCAAAAUUAAUCUCCGAUUAAUCGUGUUGAUUAAUCUCCGAUUAAUCGUCGAUUAAUCUCCGGCUUUUUAUCAACUCGCUAUGUCCAGCUCAACCGUCCGACUCACGUCUAGUGCAAUUUCGAACAUGACAUAGACCUAAUACAAAAAGGUCAAUUAUAACUUUUAAGUAAUUUUACUUGGAUUAAAUAUGAUAAAUCAAAUCAACCCCCACAAGCAUUAAAAACUACAUUAAAGACCAAUAUAAAGAGACCACAAGAGGUUCACUCCAAACUGCAAUUUUGUUAUUUCAUGUAAAAGAGAUGAAGUCAAUCUUAUCCAGCACUUCCCUCGACUCUUCCUUCUCUCUCUCCAAACGUUACUUCAACUGGAAGAAGAAGAAGGUUCAAGAAAAAGACGAAGAGGAGGAAGUAGAAGACGAUCACAACAACAACAACGAAGAAAAGAUCUUGACACGUUUCAACUUUUCCUCCGACCCGACACAACCAGAUCAGUUCCAUACUCAACACGUGAUGCAAAAGAAGAAGAAGAAAAAGACAAUAGAGAAGAUCCGUUAUGCACUCGGGUUCUCCAACUCGGGUCUAGGUUUUCGGGUCGUGGGUACGUUAUUCGGAAACCGUCAUGGACACGUGUACUUCGCCGUACAGGAUGACCCGACCCGUUUACCAGCUGUUCUGAUCCAGCUACCGACUCCGACGAGCAUACUCGUCAAGGAAAUGGCUUCGGGACUUGUAAGGAUCGCGCUGGAAACGGCAGCGUUUAAGAGGGACUCGAAGAAGCUUCUUGAAGAGUCUACGUGGAGAACGUACUGUAACGGCAAAAAGUGCGGUUACUCGGCCAGGAAAGAGUGUGGAGAGGCGGAGUGGAGAGUGUUGAAGGCGGUGGGGCCUAUUACGAUGGGUGCCGGAGUCUUACCUGCGGCGGCAACGGCGGGGGAAGAAGGGAAUGAAGCGGUGGGGUCCGAGAAAGGUGAGCUCAUGUACAUGAGAGCCCAGUUCGAGCGGGUUACCGGGUCCAGAGACUCGGAGGCCUUUUACAUGAUGAAUCCUGAUGGGUCAAGUGGUGGGCCUGAGCUUAGUGUAUAUUUUCUAAGGGUUUAAGGGGGAAAAACACAAAUUAGUAAUGAUUAAAGAUGGUAGAUUGUGUUUUUGACUAUGGUGUUUUUGUUUAAAUGAUGGGAUAAUGUCAUAUGGGAAAUGUUAUUUAGAACUUAGAAGCAAUAUUGUAUGAAAUCAUUGUUUCUUUCGCAUAUGGUCAAUAUUUUGGAUUAAUGCAAACGUUUGUUUCUCUACUAAACAUGACUUGAAUGACUGGAAAAUUUGAGUGAAAUAAUUGAUUGUAAUUUUUUUUUCAAAUAGCUACAAAAACAGGGAGAGAUCUAAAGUUCAUGUGCUUUAAAGUUUAAAUUUUGUUAUUCAGUCUGUAUCAAUUUUGAGAAUAGAUAAUCAGAUUUUCUCAAAGUAUGUGUAUCUUCUUCGUCUUAUUAGUAUCUAUCUAUCUAAAUUGAAUUACUUUUUAGAAUUAAUCCUUCUUUCAUCGGAAUGGUUACAAUUUGUGCUACUGAAUUAAAUAAUUAUUAAUUAAUUAACCAUAAAUCAUUAAUUUUAUUAGAUUAUUUGCUAUCCAAAGUCUAAAAUUAUCAAACUUAGUUAAGUAACCACGAAUCAUUUAUUUUGUUAGAUUUAUUUCUAACCAAACUUACCAAAUUUAUGAUUAUUCUCUGACUGAAUUGUUUUAUAAGCAAAUUUUACAAUAAAAUUAAACAAAAUUAUUUUAAAUGUUAUUACAAACUUAAAAUCAUAAUUAAAUAGAUCAUAUUUAUUGAUAUAUCUAUAUGUAGUCACAAUUAUUUAUUUCUUUAAAUAAAAUUUAAUGUUGUAAAAUCAACCGAUGAUAAAAUCAACUACCUCUGCUUCUCCAUCUUGUUUGGCUACCGACGGACAAGUCUCAACGUCGGUUUUGUCCGCGCUCGUCAACCGCUCGUGGAGCAUAGAUCUCAACGUACCAACUCCCCCCCCCCCCUCCCCCUUUCCAUCUCAGGGAAGUCGUGAGACACCUAUUUCAACAAAGGUCGCUCCUUUCUCCUUUUUCGGUGCCAGUUUACAAAGUAUCUCAAGGUUAGAUCCAAAUCUCUUCUGAAGCUCUUCAUUUUCCUCGCCUUCUAUUUAGAUACUAUCUCCCUCCUGAUGGACCCAAUUUCGGUUAAUACAUUAAUGGGCCGCGACCAAAGCUAUGGGCCGUGAGGAACCGAAGUCCAUAGCAAGCAAUCAAGCUCAAAAACAAAGGAAUCAAGGUCCCGGAGAUCGCAGAGUAGUUACGGAGAUUACGAAGUCGAUUUAUUAUAAAUCAAGGAGAAGAAACAUGAAGAAGCAUACGCCGAAAACCCUAGAGAGAGCUACAUACUCACAUCAACCUUGUUCUCAUCCCGAUCUUAGACUCUUUCUUUAAGGAUCUCAUUUGUAUCAUUCGAUCUAGCUCAGCUCAUUGUAUUCGAUCUUGUUCAUCAAUAAAGUCAAUUUUUACAUACUGGAAACUGUUUAACAUCGUUGUGUUUUAAAGAUAUCGUUGUCUACAUCAUUUGUCUUCCCUAGAUCAAACUCCGAUCACUAUCAAAUACUUAGUGUAGAUUUUAGGUUCUACACCCCCUACAUGUUCUCUUCUCAUUGGUGGCACUGUCCACCUCCGGCGAAACGUUCCCGGUGACCUCUUCUCUUCUGCGGUACCGGCGUUCAUCAGUUUGAGGUAUCUAAGGGAUUUCAACUUCAUUUUACGUCUGCAUGGCUUAGACCAUUAACAUUAUCAAAUCUGACAGCCCAUUUUAAAGCCUCUCAAGAUCCAAAGUUAUGGAUGAAGAAGAGUUGAUUCAAUUGUUUACGGUCUUUACUGCUUGUUUGCCUUCUCAGAGUUUUUUAAUGAAUUCAGUGGAAUCUCUCGUGCUUGUUUAUGGUCAUAUCCCUACUUUGGGAAUUGUUUACAGAUGGGUUCAUCUGAUCUGGUUUUAGGUUACUUUCAUUAUCUAGCGAGAAGCGCCGUUCACGUCUAGCAUCCUUCAUCUUAGUGAAGCGAAAUACUUUAUCCAUUCUCUCCUUGUUAAGGAGCGUUUUCCUUCUAAACAUUAAAUGGAAGUGUUCAUCUAUAUCUACAACCGUUUUGUUAUAUUGUGUAGCGGUCCAUUUGAAGUGUGAAUGUAAAACAGAUUUCGUUUUGACGAUAUUCCGAGGUGCGGAUUGGGUGCUAACGUCACCUCUUUAUGUGACUAUCUCUCAGCUAUUUGAAUUCGUCGUAAAAGCUUUAUCGACGCAUUCAAGCUUCAUCUUGAAUUUGUUGUCACCUUCUCAUGAAGUACUAUCUUGUCAAUCUGUUUGUGUUAUUAUAGUUUUAUCUUUUGAAUCAAAGAGGAUGGACAUUCUCUUUUUAUUGUAACCGAAAGAGUUGAGGUGGAAUAUAAUUAAGUUGUGUUUCAAAAAAAAAUAUAUAUAUACAGAGAUGGACAGACUUACGUGGGGACUGGUAUGCCUCUGUGAUAAAUUUUUUUUCCAAGCAUGCAGUCUAUGCUGAGACGGAUUGCUCAGACCUGAUUCAUAUGAUCGAAAAUCCCUAUUAUUGGUUCGUUUUCAAGACAAUUGUGUUAGUACCAUUUGAGCUUCCUUUAACAUUUAUAUUAUAAGGCUUAUUCCUCAUAGUCAAAAUGUCUAUGCAUAUAUCCUUACAAAAGGACAAAAACACGAGGAACCAUAUCUUUCAUGUAAAUUACCCUCGACUGUUGGUUCUGGAAUUUAUGGAACCACAAACUCCUAUUUAAAUUUAAUUAUAUAUAUGGUGACUAUUGACGAAAAAGAAUGUAACUUCAAGCGGUCAGAAUUAUACCUCGCUGGAUUGACUGCGUUACCGUGGUGUGUUUAUUAGCAGUGAAUAAGCAUUUUCUGUCAUAUUAAACAAGUUUCAUGAUUUAGUUUAAUGCUUUUCUUUUCUUGAGCUUACCCAUAAGAUAAGUGUUUACAACUAUCCAUGAGUUAAAACUUAAGGCUAGGUGAGUUUAAAACAUGAUAUACUUCAGACAUUCUUUUUAUUAGUUACUCCUUGAAAACUAAUGUAUGUUUGUUUCUUUUUUUAUGAUAUACAUAUUGUUUCAAAUAUAAGAUCAAUCCGUGAGCUUGAUGGUUAAGGGUUAAAUUACCAAGUAAAUAAUUACAAAAUAUCUACCCAUUAAAAAACUCUAGCUGAGAAGGUAGAUUAGUCCAUCCAUAUUGAUACUCCCUAUGAUUUUCGAAGAGAUUUGAUAUGAAAGAUAUAUACAAUGGUGUGAGAAAAAGGUGAUACAUACAAUCUACGCACGUACGUAUCACUUUCCAACGAGAUAUUACAGAUCUGAAUGAAAUCAAAUGAUGUAUAAAAUGAACAAAAACAUAUUUUCAAAGGACCAAAACCUCGCCAAAAAAAAAACAAUUUCAAAAAUCUUCUAAACAUGUAUAUUAUGAUUGUCAAAAAA